UGUUUUUGUAACACAGAGACGGCUAAGUGGGUUUGUUUGGGUGUUAAAGAGUCCAUAUAGCGGACGGUGAGCAAUCGGUUGGAUUUCGCACGGAAACGCAGCACUGUACGAUGCCUUUCUGGGUUCAACCCUAGUGCUGAGCUGCUUGGCUUCCUUCCUCUUUAUAUCCUUUGGCAAAGAACAAGUGGGAAAUUAAAAGGUAAACGAAUAACAAAGAACCUGAUGUGAGCAGUAGAUGUGAGGUGUGUUUGUGAGAGAUUAUCAAAGCGCAGCAUGUUUAAGCAGUAAUCUGAGCCCAGAGCCCUGGUCAUGGAGGCCCGCUUUGGGAAUGUGGUGUUCAGCUCGCGAUUCGACUCCGGGAACCUGGGCCGAGUGGAGAAGGUGGAGGCGUCCGAACAUGAUGCUGAGAGAAGCUCGAUCUCGCACAUCGACUACGAGUUCAACGUCUGGACUAAACCUGACUGCGCAGACACCGAGUUUGAGAAUGGGAACCGGUCAUGGUUCUACUUCAGCGUGCGUGGUGUCCUGCCAGGUAGACUGCUGAAGAUUAAUGUGAUGAACAUGAAUAAGCAGAGCAAGCUGUACUCUCAAGGCAUGGCUCCAUUUGUGCGCACUUUUCCUGUGAAAAUGCGCUGGGAGAGAGUCCGAGACCGACCAACAUUCGAGAUGUCAGAGAAUCAGUUCACUUUGUCGUUUGUGCAUCGUGUGGUGGAAGGGAGAGGAGUCAUCACAUACUUCGCUUUCUGCUAUCCAUUCUCAUACACUGAGUGCCAGGACAUGCUUCUGCAGCUAGACCAGAGACUGCUCAGCCAUUCUCACACACUGGGGCCAUGCAGUCCAGCAGACAGUCUGUAUUAUCACCGUGAGUUGCUGUGUUACUCUCUGGAUGGGCACAGAGUAGACCUGCUGACUGUGACCUCCUGCCAUGGCAUGCUGGAGGAGAGAGAGCCCAGACUGGAGAAACUCUUUCCUGACCACAGCACACCACGACCACACCGCUUUGCUGGCAAACGGGUAUUUUUCAUCAGCAGUAGAGUACACCCUGGUGAGACACCCUCCAGCUUUGUGUUCAAUGGCUUCCUGAACUUCAUUCUGAAUCAGGAGGACCCGCGGGCGCAGAUGCUGUGCCGGAUGUUUGUCUUUAAGCUCAUCCCCAUGCUCAAUCCCGAUGGAGUUGUCAGAGGUCACUAUAGGACGGACUCGCGUGGUGUGAAUCUUAACCGACAGUACAUGAACCCGAGUGCUGAGCUGCACCCUUCCAUCUAUGGGGCCAAAUCCCUCCUCCUCUACCAUCACCGGCACAACCGCCAUAAACCCAGCUCUCCCUCAGCACUGAAACUCUCCAACCAGUCCAACACCACCACCCCAACCCUGACCACGCCCUUCGAACUUGAACACUACCUCAACUGCCGUAACGAGGUGGAGCGAUUGGAGGGCCCGACCCUCGACCUCUCGCAGAUUCCCAUGCAGAUGGAGGAGAGCUGGGAGAGUAAAGGCAGAGUGAAGGGCAAGCUUGGGCUAGGCGAUGAGAACGAAACCACACCAAGUCGGAGUGAAGCUUGCGUCUCUAACCUUGCCCUGACAGAGCAGAUCCUGCCCCAGGAGAGUGGAGUGGCCUAUUACAUAGACCUACAUGGCCAUGCCUCCAAAAGAGGAUGCUUUAUGUAUGGGAACAACCUACCUGAUGAGAAUCAGCAAGUGGAGAACCUGAUGUAUCCAAAGCUGAUCUCGUUGAACUGCGCCCAUUUCGACUUCCUUGGUUGUAAUUUCUCGGAGAAGAACAUGUACGCACGGGACAAGCGUGAUGGUCAGUCUAAAGAGGGCAGCGGCAGAGUGGCCAUACACAAAGCCAUUGGAUUAGUUCACAGUUAUACGUUGGAGUGUAACUAUAACACAGGGCGCUCUGUCAACACCAUUCCACCUGCCUGCCAUGACAAUGGUCGAGCCACUCCUCCUCCCCCUCCAGCCUUCCCUCCCAAAUACACACCCGAGGUAUACGAACAGGUUGGCCGUGCAGUCGCUAUAGCAGCGCUGGACAUGGCUGAAUGUAACCCGUGGCCGCGGCUUGUCCUGUCCGAGCACAGCAGCCUGGUGAACCUCCGAGCAUCACUGCUCAAACAUGUACGCAAUAGCAAGGGCUUGGGCUCCAAUGGCCGCAAGAACGCAAACAAGGCUCCCAGCCCUCCGAAAUGCACAGGCUUGAGCAGCUCUGUUUCUGAGAAUUCCCUGAGCCGGAGUCGCAGCCACAGCACCCGGAAUGGCAGCAUCACUGGGAACAAGCAGACGCCUCCACAGCUGAAGAGUUCUCCUAGCUUUACAUUUGGCUGGAGCAACUCUGGAAAUGCCCCCAGCUCACACAGGCCUGCCCACAAAGCCCUGGGGCCAAUCAGAGAGUCGAAAACUCAGGAGAAGAGGCGCCCGCACCAUCUCGGCCACCGCCUCUCACUCCACUGUCCCAGCAACAGCCAAGCCAUCCCAGCACGUCCCCCGCUCUCCCCUUCAUCCUCCUCCUCCUCCUCUUCCUCCUCUCCCUCCUCCUCCUCCUUGGGGGCGGGGUCAGCCUCCUGCUCCAUCAAUACGGCAGGAGACAGAGAUCCUCAUUCUCAGCCAACAUUACAGAGCAAAGAUCCUCCUUCAUCAGCUGGGAGGGGCAUCAUAAAUGACAGUCCAGAUUCCACUCCGUCAUAUUCAGUACUGCAGAGGAAGAGGCUGUCACAGAUCUGUCUAAAGGAGCACGCCAUGGACGUUAUAUCAUCCAUCGAGUGCAGAAGGUGUGAGCUGCAUUUCCGACCGAGUCGAAUCCCAGUACUUAAAACAGAGUUGUCGUCUCAUCCUCUACCUCGGUUAGCAUGCUGUGACAGUCCCACCAUGAGAGCGUGGAAGCUUGACAAACCUGGUCUCAAAAAACACUUAACAGGGACAGAUAAUACCGCGCUGCAUUUGGCAACAAAAGAUCUGCUGAGGAACUCUUCCCAAAGCUGUAAGUGCUCUGGCGACAUGAAAGAAACCACAACUGAACAGGAUGAUGCUCCAGAACCAGCUAAAUCUGAGCUUUGGCCUAUGGGUGGCAGUGUUUCCCAGAGCACAGAGACCUGAACUGCUUCUCUAAAUAUCCAUUUUAUUCCCUCAAUCACACACAUCACUAGGAAGGUCGGUGGUACAACGUGAAUAAACACACAACUGCAACUUUUAUACAUGUGUAUAAUCCUAACCCGAUAGUGUCAGUAACUAAUACCUGUGCAAGAUCUUAAGAUGACAGCUUCACGGCUUUACGAACUUUUUCACACAAUGGACUGAUCACAUUCUGACUCAGGAACUAUAUAAAUUAUUAAUCACAUUCACAUAUCAGAUAAAUGUGUUCAUAUCUUAUGUGACUGUUCAUUCGUAGCAUGAAUAAUCUAUCUGAUGCAGUCCAUAAGGUCAUAAAAAGGUCUUUUGAAUAUUUUGUUGACCAGCACAUAACAACACAUCCCAAAGUGAUUUAUUCCUCUUACAUCACAGCAAUUUGCCAAGAAUUACAUUAAUUAAGUAUUUAUUUAUUUCAUACUUACAUUAUAACAGCUAUAAACAGUCAUUCCCUCACCAACCUCUCUUUUUUUCCCCUCUAUUUCUCUAAGACAAAAAAAUGCACCUUAUGAUGUUACAGAGCCCUCUGUCCUGAAGACUCUCCUGUGACUGAAAGCCUAAAAGAGUUUACACAAUGCUGACACUGGAGACUCCUUCCGAAAAUGUUAAAUAAACAUGUCCUAACAGAAAGAUUCACCAUA